AUGGCUAGAACCAAGCAGACUGCCCGUAAGUCCACUGGUGGCAAGGCUCCCCGUAAGCAGCUCGCUUCCAAGGCCGCCCGCAAGGCCGCCCCCUCUACCGGUGGUGUCAAGAAGCCUCACCGUUACAAGCCUGGUACCGUCGCUCUCCGUGAGAUCCGUCGCUACCAGAAGUCCACUGAGCUUCUGAUCCGCAAGCUCCCCUUCCAGCGUCUGGUCCGUGAAAUUGCUCAGGACUUCAAGUCCGACCUUCGCUUCCAGUCCUCUGCCAUCGGUGCUCUUCAGGAGUCCGUUGAGGCCUACCUCGUCUCUCUCUUUGAGGACACCAACCUGUGCGCCAUCCACGCCAAGCGUGUCACCAUCCAGUCCAAGGACAUCCAGCUUGCCCGUCGUCUCCGUGGUGAACGUUCUUAA